AUGAAGCUCAAGGCACUCUUUUUGUUAGCCUUUUCCGGCGUAAGUCAUCAAGUGGCUGCUAACGCUAUACCUUGCAACGAUUCUACAGAUGCGUCAACUUUAUUAGAGAGUAUCAUUGACUCAAUUGGAGGAUCAAAUGCCUUGAAAAGUGUCCAUAGAUUGGUCUACAAGGCUGAAGGCAUAUAUCGAUCGCAAACUCUGACCCAAAACUACAAUCUUUAUCACUCGGACCAGUCUGUCGCUGAAACAGGCUCGGAAACCUUGUCCUUUGACCUCUCUUCGGGACUACGAGCUCGCAUUGACCGAUACUAUCGAUACAAUGACUAUUGGAUUUGGGCACAACCUGGCCUAGAGCCGUCGAUGAACUACAGUAUCGUCUUAAAAGAUGGUGCAGAUGGGUUUGCAUGCUUCACAAAGGGACAAAACUCCUUUUUCGUGAAUGAUCCAACCCAGACACUGGGAUAUGUGGAUUCAUACUUGGCCGAUUAUCUGAUCCACCAGGCACAGCAAUUUGCCCUCCCCUGUUUGAUUGUAAAUGCUACCAGCCAUAGGCCUUACAAGAUACGUUCCUUGGAAAACCAUGCGACCUAUGGAAAAUCCACCAACGACUUGCUGCUAUCUAACUAUUCCACCGUAUCUUUCGACGACAAUUCCCGUCUCAAACUUCAACUGCCUUACCGCCUGCAGACAAUAUACAACUCUACCGAUGUUCUGGAAGAUGUCAAGCUGGACAGCAUCUCCGUUAAUCCGCUGAUCAAGGCUGGCUUCUUCGAUCCCGUUUUGCCGUCAAAAGACACAUCCUCCCCUCAAGUACCAAAACAAAGCGCAUUGUACCCUCGCUCUGAGGUCCACGAGUUCUUUGAAGCUGGUCUCUGGGGAGGGCCAUUUGAGUCGUUCUUCAAUACUUCACACGUUGUUGUUACACAUCCGAUUCCCAACAUCCCCCAAAUUAUGGCAGUCUACGUUGGUUACGCCGAUUAUGUGCAACUCGUUCUCAAUUUCACGGACGGUGUUCUCAUUACCGAUGCAGCACCGCAUCGAUCUCGAAUUUUGAUCCAAUGGGUCAAAGAAACGCUCAACAAGUCGGUUACACAUAUUGUCCCGAGCCAUCACCAUCGCGACCACGCCGGAGGUGUGCCGGACUAUGUCGAGGCUGGAGCAGUUCUCGUCGUCCCCGAGGUGGCCAAAAGAUUCUACUCUGAUAUUAAUAACGGCAGUGUCUCAUUCGCCACGUACAAUGAGAAAAAUCCGUUUGUGCUGAAGGACGCAAACAUCCAAUUUCGGUCCUUGUGGAGAGACGAGAAUCCACAUGCUCGGGACUGGUCGUAUGGCAUCGCGACUUCGGCCUGUCCCGAGAAAAAUGAAGGGGUGGUCGCAUUUGUAGCGGAUGUGUGGAGCCCUGAUCCCGAUGAUGGAGGCAUGGGAGACGCUGUGCGAUUCGACAUUGGAUAUGCGAGACAAUGGCUGGAUGCCGCUGUGGGCGACGGGUUGCCGAGGGAUACGGUGGUGGUUGGAGCCCAUGGAGGAAACACCACGAUUGACAAGUUGGAGAGCUUGAUUACUAUUACUGGGUAUGAGUAUCCCAACUUGGAGACAAAGGACUGGAAGACCGGUGGCGCACUUUGCAAGCACCACUAG